UGUUGGUAAACAAACAUGGCGGCUGUAGAAGAUGUGACAGCGAAUCUUCCGUCUCUGCAGUUUGAAGCCGCUUUAACUCUCGAUGAAAAACAGAUGCUGUAUUUGCGUGGACGAAGUCAUGCCUUGACAGUGUCUGCCUGUGCACAAGCGGCCUUUCUGGUAGCCGUUUUAAAUGAUGCAAGGCAAAAAAUUGUGGAAAUAAAAUAUCCAGUGAAGAAAAAGUCAUCCAAGCUUCUGCAAGAAGCCCCAAAGAGAGAUCCACUUUUGGUAGGAAUCAUUGGUUGUGGACGCUUAGGAAAACAACUUGCAAGUACACUACUUAAAUUCUCUGAUGUUCAUCCAGAAGAGUUAUUUCUCUCAACGAGGCAGCCAGAAACUUUAUCUGCCCUUCAGAUGAAAGGUGUCCAUUGUGGAUUUGAUAAUAUAAAGGUUUGCUCCACAGUACACAUACUAUUCAUCUGUUGUUUGCCUUCACAGUUCCCAACAGUAGCCAAGGAAAUCAAGGGACAUUUGAAAUGCCCUGUGUAUGUCUUAGUUGGAGGGACACCGCUUUUAAGAAUACGCCAACUUCUUGAAUAUGAGGAGAUCAUUAAGCCAGAUUUUUCCUGGAGAAAACCAGACCCAAAUGAAGAUUCAAGUAAUAACUGGAACAUCGGUAAAGACAUAAACGAAAUUCUUCGCGAAGAUCCUAACAGUUGUGAUGUCACCUGCCCGCUUAAUCUCAAUAAAGAUUCUGCUAUUGUGGAGACGGGAGAGGAUUGGGCCGAGUUGGCCGUGGUGACUUUCCUUAACAUGUGUACUGAAAAAGAGCUGGACAUGGAACAGUCUGUGAGGCUUUGUAACACAAUCGUGUUUGGUAUGGGUCCUACAGAUGACCGUGGUGAUGGCAUCUCUGUGGAUGAACUUAAUUCCGAUAUAAAUUUGUUAGGAAUAAGGAACAGUACCUCAGAUGAAAAAUUCUUCCCGCGUUUCGAUCUCAGCAAGAUCUCUUUCGGUCGGAGUAAAUUUGGAAAACGUCUCAUGGAACCUAAUGGAAGUCUGAGGCGAAUGUUUGUCAAAAGAUACAGAGCUGUGUUUGACAAGUUCCAGUAUUGGAAAGGUGUUCCUACGAAUGUGUCAUAAUCGAAAUACCUGUAAUGUUUAAGGCUUAAUUCCCAUGUAGAUGUUGUGUCAUGUUACCCUCUGCGGCAAAGUCUUCGUACCUAUAAUUAACUUCAAGGGGUAUGCUUCGUGUUGCUAAAUGACUUUAUAUUAGGAUUGAGAAAGACCACAGAUCCAGAAUAUUAUAUAAAGAUGAAGAAAAAAAGUAAUAUUUAAGAGUGACAUUGAGGUGAUCACAUCACUAACUGUGUUAUCCUGUUGCGACGACAUUCUGUUGUUCUCAUGUUUAUUUUAAGAUAAGUAAAGGGAGCACUUUUAUUGCAGUUUAACACUCACAUAGAAUUGCUCACAUUUUUUUUCGGUCUUUUUAUAAUUAUUUUCCAAGAAUUGUUUUACAUUAGUAUAUGAAGAGCGAUAAUGAAAAUUUAACGUUAUCCUUUAUCAUUGGAUUAUUGAAGAAAUUU